GUUACAGUGAUCUGUGCUGAUGUGUUAGAGAAAGAUCAAAACUCUCUGCUGGUGUAAAAAACACUUAGAUUUGGAUUCACAAGUAAAUCUAAUCAUCCCGUCAGAAGUUUAUAAAAACAGCUAAAGGUUUCAAACAUCUCAACAGCACACACACACACACUGAGAGAGAGAGAGAGAGAGAGCGCAGAAAGCUUAUCUUCUCCACCUACCUGACAGACAGACAGACAGACAGAUAGACGAGUAGGAGGAGGUGAUAUUGUUGGCUGUGUGGAUGAUGGACAAAGAUUCUGGCUACAGGUCACUGUGAAUUUGGCCAAAGUGAAUUUGGAGCUGCCAAUCAAACGGACACAACCUCUUCAACGACCCUCUCAAUGGACGCAGAGGUCAGAGUUCAGAGACCAAACGGCUCCAGGCCCGCGGGCUGCCGCUCGGAUCUGCAGAAGAUUUACUGGCAUCUGUGCGACACCUGGGGCAUCGCGGUCCAGGCCGCCACCGCUUUAGGCUUCGUGAUUUGUGUGGUGACGACAUUGGGCCUGCUGGUGAGGUGGAGGCACGUGUCCCGUGAGCCCGGGCGAAGAGCGGCCCUCCUGCUGUUCCUGCUGGCCACGGCAGGCGUGUUCGCCUUACCCUUCUCUUUUGUCAUCUCCCUGUCUGCAGAGACGUGCCCAAUACGGGUGUUUCUGUUUGGGAUGUCAUUUGCCAUAGCGUUCGGCGCUCUGGUCGCUCGCGGUCUCGCCCUGCUGGACGUGGGGCUGGCGCUCGGGUGGAGGGAGGUGGGAGUGAUCCUGGCACUGGCGCUGGUGCAGGCGAUUAUUGCAGCGGAGUGGCUGCUGGUUGUUUUGGUGCGGGACGACAGGCCGUGUGCGUUUUCGCAGCCGGAGUUUGCCAUGCUGCAGCUUUACGUGAUGGUGCUGAUGGGCGCGGCGCUGGUGGUGGCACUGCGCUUCCUCAGAGCUGCGUACGUCACCUACAGCUACAGUCACACGGCGAAGAUGCGUCGACACGCCAAAUUGCAAGCCGGGCUGCUGGUGCUCACGCUGUUGUUGAGUGUGUGCGUUUGGGUCACCUGGAUCACUCUGCUCACAUACGGUAACCUCGUGACGGGUCACAGGCCGGACUGGGACGACCCCGUGAUCGGCGUAGCGUUGGCUGUUAACGGCUGGGUAUUACUGCUCGGACAUGGCUUCGCUCAGGUCCGCUUCCUGUGCCAGCGAGAAGGAUGUGCUAAAAAUCCACCGCUGGACUUCACGGGGUGGACGAGCUCCACGACAGAACCGGCAGCCGAGCCGAAACCGGGUACAGACAACAGUCGCUUCCAGCUUGAUGUAGAUGAAAGAAGAGAUCAAGCAAUGGAAUUAUUUGGAAUCCCCAUGAAAGAAAUCAAUGCUGAGAAAAAUUAUAGGAUCCCACGACCUACAGCUACCAACAUCAACCAACCAUAUGAUCAUUAUUAUGAACACAGAGCUUGAGGACACACACCACUAUACACAUACACGCACGUACACACACCUACACACCUACACACAUACAGACCUACAGCCACACACACGCACACACACGCACACACACGCACGCACACACGCACGCACGCACGCACGCACGCACGCACACACACACACAGAUGAAGAUUACAGAGAUACAGUACAAAUAUACAUCAUAGUUCAAUAAAAUCCUCCGAACUCUAAUAAUUGAGGAUUAAUUUUCUAAAAAAAAAAUACAUUUUAAACAUUUAACAACUUAACAUUUUAUUGUUACUUAAAAUGUGGUGAAACGUACUGUCAGUAAGAUAAUCUAAAGC